AUGGUGGAAACUAGGGCACAGGCAAAGCUCAAAAACAAAACAGUCGAAAUGACUUCCGAGGCUCCUAAGUCCACCUCACCAAUCACUGUCACCGAGACCGAACACGCGGUCAGAACCUCGACCAACGGUCCAAUAACGACGGAUCGCACGGCCGAGUCCAUGGGAGUAGGCCUCAUCAUUUGGCCCGCGGGCUCAUGGGCCGAUGGGGGCCCGCCCGGCCCAUUGGAAAAAAGCUCGGCCCAGCCCGUUAUGGGCUUUGAGAUGGCCCGGUCCGCCUUGGGCCAGGCUAGGCUUGGGCUUGGGUGUCUGAAGCCCGACCCGACCCAUAGGCCCGGCCCGAUUAAGCCCAAGAAAGCCCAGCCCGGCCCAUUAGGCCCACAUACAUAUAUAAUUAUGUAUAAAUAA